CGCCGCGACACGAUACGACACGCAGAAGGAGGUGGUGGAGGAGGCGGAGGUGGUGGCGGUGGAGGCCAGAGAAGAAGAGGGAGAGGUGGAGGAGGGGGAGGAGGUGGACGGAGAAGAAGAAGACGAAGGAGAAGGAGGAGGAGGACGGAGGACUCGCUAACGACGGCGAACGUCCUCGAGGGUGCGAUACACCAGCAACACCGACGACGACGAUGAUCGUGACAGGCGGCGAACGGCGUACAUGCUGGAGGAGGAGGCGCCGAUUGGCGGUCGCGGCCGUGACGUUGGCCCUACUGGCCCUAGCGAUCGGUCCCGCGCCCUCCAUGGGGCACAGGCCAGCACCGAACAAUCCGAACGUGCCGCAGACCAGCACCACACCUACGCCCUGGUCCGUUUACACCGCGAACGGCACCCUCGCGAACAACAACAACAACAAUGAAUACGAGACGGACGGGGACGACGGCUACAACGCCACCAUUCAUCAUCACCAUCACAAGAAGGUCGGCGGCAACAUGACCGAGGAGAAGGCACCGCUGUUCCCGGAAGAUCUGUUCACCAUACAGGAACGGCGUCGCGGUGCUGUGAUACUUCACGUAAUCGGUGUCGUGUACAUGUUCGUCGCACUGGCGAUCGUUUGCGACGAGUUCUUCGUCCCGUCGUUGGACGUGAUCAUCGAGAAACUCGAGAUCGCCGACGACGUCGCGGGUGCUACCUUCAUGGCUGCCGGCGGCUCCGCGCCCGAACUGUUCACAUCGAUAAUCGGCGUGUUCGUGUCGUUCGACGACGUUGGUAUCGGCACCAUCGUCGGCUCGGCCGUCUUCAAUAUCCUCUUCGUGAUCGGCAUGUGCGCUAUAUUCUCGCGUACGGUCCUAUCGCUCACAUGGUGGCCGCUCUUCCGCGACUGCUCCUUUUACAGCCUCAGCCUGAUCACGCUGAUCUACUUCUUCCGCGAUAAUUUUAUUCACUGGUACGAGGCGCUCGUGCUAUUCGGAUUCUAUUUGGCGUACGUCAGCUUCAUGAAGUGGAACCAACCGAUGGAGAAGUUCGCCAAGAGGAUCAUCUACAGAAACAAGGUGACCCGGGUCAGGUCCACCGAUCAGCUGAUGCCCUCGCACCAGAGCGCCGCCCAGGCAUUGCAGCAUCCGAACGCGACGAACAGUAGCGAGACGAGCGUGGGUGGCGUGUCGGGUGCAUGCGGAAGCAGCGGGAUACCGGCGGGCGGAGAGGCAGGGUGCAGCAGCAGGGGCGGAAGCAGCAGCGGCGGGGGCGGUGCAGCCGGACAGGGCUGCGAGCAGGGAGCCCACGGUGGCCCCCCGUCUCAUUCCAGGGAGAGCCACGCCAAGUUCAGGCACGGACUGCUACAGCUUAUGAUGCACACGAUCGAUCCGCUCCACGACGGUCAGUCCCGCGCCGGCAAAGUGGACGAGAAAGCGACGCAGCUGCACGCGAUAGCCUCGCUGAAGGCGCUGUUGGACGCCACCAGGCCGCACAACGGCGCCGCGACGUCGACCGCCGCCCAAUACUCCGGUGCAGCAUCGAAAGAGACCACUCUGCAGCUGCAGCAGGGUUCACAGGGCACAACGACCACCACCACGACGACGACCACCGCUGGCACCACCGCCGGCAUCCAAGAACUUCCCAACGGUGGCAUAGCCGCUGGUCUCGACGCCGGCCUCGAAUCGGGAGAGGAGGAUGAACCUCCGGAGGCGUUGAACAUGGGCUGGCCCAGCAGUCCCAGGAAAAGACUAUCUUACAUUUUGGUAGCGCCCAUCCUUUUCCCUCUGUGGCUGACCUUACCAGACACGAGGACACCGAGGGGGAAGAAGCUCUUCGCGGUGACGUUCAUCGGGUCGAUCUUCUGGAUAGCGGCGUACUCGUACCUGAUGGUCUGGUGGGCGAACGUGGCCGGCGACACUGUUCGCAUACCGCCGGAAGUGAUGGGCCUGACGUUCCUCGCCGCUGGCACCAGCAUCCCGGACCUGAUCACCAGCGUGAUCGUCGCGCGAAAAGGAUUCGGCGACAUGGCCGUGUCGAGCUCCGUGGGCAGCAACAUUUUCGACGUCACAGUUGGGCUUCCGGUACCCUGGCUGCUGUACGGCCUGAUCUACGGGAAGCCCGUCGAGGUGAACUCGGUGGGUAUGGUGUGCAGCAUAGCGAUCCUGUUCUGCAUGCUGUUGUUCGUGAUCAUGAGCAUCGCCUGCUUCAAGUGGCGGAUGAACAAGGGCCUCGGGUUCACGAUGUUCCUCCUGUACUUCGUGUUCGUCGCUGUCUCGUUGAUGUUCGAGUACGAGUUCCUGGUCUGUCCGGCCUAGGAACGAGAGAAAGGGGGGACGCGCGAACCAAGGGGUCCCUGGCGGGACGCACAUACACGGGUCUCGUCAUCUCGUCAUCGUCAUCGUCGUCGACGAGUUUCCCGGAGUCCUCCUCGAAUCGAUCGCCGGAGGAAGGGAAAUAGGAACACGGGCUCAGCCUUCCCGGGGGGGAGGGGGGGGGGGGGACUAGAACUUAUCGAAAACCGUUGGCGGCACCCGUCCCUUCCCUACGUCCCUUAGAAAACAAAAAAAAAAAAAACCUCCCCCCUCGAUCGUCGAUCAAUUUGUACGACGCAGGCGGCGUCGUCGACCACACGCGGGUCAACCCGUUGGACACGAAACGAAAGAGAAACGUUUUUUUUUUUUUUUCUUCUAGUCGAAAAAGUACGUGUACAUAUUGUAUAAACCUUGAAAUACCUGAAACAAAAUACUCAUCACGUUAAGUAAAUUUAUCGCGGUGACGUUUGUCCUGUUCGGGGAACGGGCCCGCCGGUUUAUCUUUAGACGCAGCGAGCGCGUCCGGCCGAUCGUGCCAACGAUCGCGCGGAAAUUAGGAACUAACACCACACUUUGUAUAACUAUAUAGGGUUCGGGGGAAAGAGAAAAAAAAAAAAAUGAGAGAUCCCACGACUCGUUUUAAUCUCCUGUUCUUCUUACUAUUCUUGUUGUUCUACUUCACCUUCUUCUUAUUCUUCUACGAAACUACUACUACCGUUCCCAUCGACGAUGACCCCCUAGCCUCCAGUGUCUCUCGGAUCCGGACAAGAUCGAUCGUCGUAACGGCGCGCUCGAGGCACGAUAAACGUUUAAACGAUACCACGAAACCCGCGUUUCACCCCCACCCCCACC